AUGGCUUCAUCUCCCUUUAAUUUGGCCACCUGCGCCCGUCCUAAUAUCCUGGCAUUGCAGCCAUACCGAUGCGCCAGAGAUGACUACAAAGAUGAUGGGACGAACGUCCUCCUCGACGCCAACGAGAAUGCCUUCGGUCCUGGUCUUGCACUGAACAGCGAGGGAGCAUUGCAAUCCUCUCAGACUGGCAAUGCCACGGGAGCCUCCAAUCCGGAGAUUGACUUCCUCGGCCUGAACCGCUACCCCGAUCCUCACCAGAUUGAAUUGAAGCAGCUCUUCUGCAACCUCCGCAAUACCCACCACCACACCCCAAAGACCCUCCUCCCCGAGCACAUGUUCUGCGGUGUUGGCUCAGACGAAGCCAUUGACGCGCUCCUACGCUGCUUCUGCGUCCCCGGCAAAGACAAGAUCCUCACAUGUCCCCCAACCUACGGAAUGUACAGCGUCAGCGCGCAGGUCAACGAUGUCGAGAUCGUCAAGGUACCACUAGACACUACAAACGGCUUCCACCUACAAGCCGAUAAAGUCAACGAGGCCCUAUCAGCCGACCCAUCAAUCAAGUUGGCCUACAUCUGCUCGCCAGGCAACCCGACCGCGAAUCUGAUCCGCAAAGAGGAUAUCCGCAAGGUACUCGAGCACCCGACCUGGAACGGUAUCGUGGUGGUCGACGAGGCGUAUAUCGACUUUGCGCCCGAAGGCUCCAGCCUGGCAGAGUGGGUGACCGAAUGGCCCAACCUAGUUGUCAUGCAGACCCUCAGCAAGGCCUUUGGUCUGGCUGGUAUCCGCCUCGGCGUGGCCUACGCCAGCGUGGAGGUGGCCCGUCUCCUCAACAGCCUCAAAGCCCCUUAUAACAUCUCCAGCCCGACAAGCGCGCUUGCUUCGGCGGCACUCACCGCGCCAAAUCUAAAGGUGAUGCACAGGUUCCGUUCGCAGAUCAUCGCGCAACGCGAUCGUCUGCUCCGUGAGCUACCGGCGAUCCCCGGUGUGGGUCAGUUCCUUGGCGGCAGCGACGCGAACUUCUUGCUCGUGCAGAUCCUGGACGCCGAGGGCCGACCCAAUAACGUGACUGCGCUUGCUGCUUAUGAGGCCAUGGCGGAGAAGCGCGGUGUAGUGGUCCGCUUCCGUGGGAAGGAGCUUGGGUGUGAGGGCUGUCUCCGUAUCACGGUCGGUACCGAUGCGGAGGUUACCAAAUUCCUUCAGGAGUUACGGACUGUUUUGGGAGAGUUGCGUGCUGGGGCUGGAAUCAAGUUGCUUUCGGAGGAGAGGGAGGACUCGGCGGCCGCUGUGGUUGGAUGA